AUGGUGGGCACUGCGCUCCUGCUCCUGGCCCUGCUCCCUGGGACCUCCAGUAAGCACAGUGCACCACGUGCAUGGGUAAAAGAGACCACCUGUAAUGCAUCUCUUUUCAAAGCGAGGCAAGGGCUCCCUAGAGGGAAUUGCGCCCUUGCUCUGUGCUCUGUUUCAGCACCUCCGUUCCCUGGGGCGCCUGGCCCCUGGCUGCGCAGACCCCUUUUCAGCCUGGAGUUAUCNGAUGCAGAGGACGCGUUCCCUCGCCGCGCAGGGCCACUGGAGGUUCCGGCGGACAGCCAUGUGUUUGUGCAGGCGGCCCUGGCCCGUCCUUCACCGAGAUGGGGCCUAGCCCUCCACCGAUGCUCAGUAACGCCUUCUUCACGCCCGGCCCUGGGGCCUGCCCUGGUGCUUCUACGUGGGGGCUGCCCCGCCGACGACUCUGUCAGCUUCUCACCACCUCCACGCCCGGAUGCUGCUAGCGUCGCACGCUUUAGCUUCCGCCUGCGCCCGGUAUUUAAUGCCUCAGUACAGUUCUUGCACUGCCAGAUCAGCCGUUGCCGCCGUCGCAGCANUCACCACCGCCGAGCUGUCCGCCAGACACCAGUACCUUUGACCCCACCAGCACCACUGAGGUGUCUGCCUCAGGAUGAGGCAUGUGCCGGCAGCAGCUUGAGCCUUGGUACUGACAGCCCACACCUGCACAUGCUGACACAGCCCAUCGUGGUCACAGUACCUCGUCCGCCCCCUAGGCCAUCUAAAAGUCUCCCAGGCAGGGCGGUCCGCCCAGAGCCACCUGCUCCAGCCGCUUCAGCACUGGAGCCUGCUCCGGUGGUGGCGUUGGUGUUGGCGGCCUUCGUGCUGGGUGCUGCGCUGGCCGCUGGGCUUGGUCUCGUCUGCGCACACUCAGGUACUGACUUUUGCUCCGCCAGAACCCCACACCUACUUCCACACGUCCAGACAGUCUAGUAGUCUACCUGCCCCANCCCCAACUGCCCAUCACCCUGAACCUGCCUCCAGAAU